UGAUGAGGAGAUGGUGACAUGGCUCCUGCAGAAAGGCGCCAACCCGAGCUCGCCCGCUCGUGGCUUUCGUGGGAGAACAGCACUUCAGGCUAUCUGCGACUUUGAUGCCGUAACGCCUGAGGGAAAUGAACGCAAGAUGAGGGUUAUUGAUAGUCUUCUGGACAGCACGGACAACCCCCGCGAAAUGGUUAAUGCAGCUCCUGCCCCGUCAUGCGGGUUCACGGCCCUGCAGAUCGCGGCGCACCGCGGCGACCUGAACGUCGCCGUCCUCCUGCUGAGUCUUGGGGCCGAUGUCAACGCACCUGCAUGCGAGAAACGGGGACACACGGCUUUGGAUGGAGCAGCUUAUUUCGGAAGGCUCGAUAUGGUGAAACUCCUUCUCAAUUCCAACGCGCUGAGUGCCUACCGUGGAACGACCGGAUAUGAUGGUGCUGUUCGAGCAGCUGAGCGAGAAGGGCACCGCGUUAUCGCAAAUCUGAUACUGGAGCAUUACAAGAACAAUCUGAGACUGGGCAUACCCAACCCAUUCUUGACACAAUCAGAUCGUGAUUACCGUGAGUACCAUUAUACCGAGUCAGACAUGGAUGAAGAAGCUGGGGCUGUUGGGAGCUUUCAAGAGGCCUUGGCAUUCUUAAAAAAGAAGGUCGCCAUAUGGGACCCCAUUGGCGAUCAGGUCACAGACGAGCAUUUGGAAGCAGGCAGUGAUAAUGCGAUUGGUGAGGAUUUUGACAAGACGUUCGACGAUGAUUCUAUUGAGCGGUUAUAUGAAAGUUUCUGCCAGGACAUCUUGGUGGACGAAGAAGUUGAAGACCCCGGAGAGGAUACGAACGAGGAAGAUGAAGACUCCGCAGAGGAUACGAUCGAGGAAGAUGAUGAUGUGUCACGUCAACUCCCAGGCUUCCAUUUCGGACGAAGGCUACCUUGGUGUUGAGAUUUCGGCUUUGAUAGACGAUGUUAUGUUGUGAAACCACGAGGGCGAAGUUAGUGUAUCGUUAGGACUCUGAGACCGCAGACAGCAGUGCUGAGUCUGCCGCAUAAUCUGUUGGGUCGCUUGGCUUUGAUACUGUUGAAGGACACGAAAUUCGUUUGCGGAUGGC